CACAGUAAUCAAAAUCACUUCUCUUUUGCUCUGCAGACUGCAAACAGAGCGCAGAAAUUACGAUACUCGAAGUCCGAUGGCGACUCGUUUCCCGGCAACUACUCACUCACGCGUCGUCGCGGCAAGCUCCGGCGAACCCAAAGUAGAAUACCCAUUUUCCGUUUCGACCAGAAAAUGGCAAGUAGUAACAGAAAGGAGAAGGAAGAGUUCAAGAAUCAAAGCUACAGAUUCAGAUUCAUUCUUGGAAAUGUGGAAGAGAGCAAUGGAACGUGAGAGAAAGUCAGCUGAGUUCAAAAGAAUAGCUGAGAACAUUGCUCCUCCUGAAGUGGAAGAAAGCCCUGAGAUAUUGGAGAAGAAGACCGAGGAAUUCAACAAGAUUCUUCAAGUUUCUCCUGAAGAAAGAGAUAAAGUUCAAAGUAUGCAGAUCAUUGAUCGUGCUGCUGCUGCCCUUGCUGCCGCCAAAGCAUUGAUUAAGGAGAAUCCAUUGCCCCGAAAGGACGAUGAUGAGGCUGAUAAAAAUAACAAACAAGGAGCGACGGGAAAUGUCAUUUCCAUUGUGCCUCGAUCUGGAACUAUGAUGGGAACACCAGGUCCAAGCUUCUGGUCCUGGACACCUCCUUCAGACAGUUCUUUUGAUGACAUUCAGAUGAAGUCAGAUGUCUCUCUGUCUCCAGACCCACCAAGCCCUGUUAUAGAGAAAGAACGAUCUCCAGAUUUUCUAUCUAUCCCAUUUCAGAGUGCUAGGAUUGAUAGAAAACAUAGUCCUCCUCUUCCACCGCUUCAGUCACAUUUGGAGGUUGAAAAUUUGGAAGAUUCCAGCUCAACACCUGAGAUACCUCACCAGGUGGAGGAACGUGAACUUGGCAUUCUGUUCUCUGCAAAUGCAGCGGAAGCAGCUUAUGCCCUUCAGCAGGAAAACGAGGCAUCAUCCGAGGGAAUCAGUCCUGAUGGAUCAAGAUGGUGGAAGGAGACCGGGACUGAACGACGACCUGAUGGGGUGGUCUGCAAGUGGACGCUAACCAGGGGCAUUAGUGCUGACAAAACUGUUGAAUGGGAAGACAAGUAUUGGGAAGCUGCUGAUGAAUUUGGUCAUAAGGAACUAGGUUCUGAGAAGUCAGGACGAGAUGCUGCUGGAAAUGUAUGGCAUGAGUUCUGGAAAGAAUCAAUGUGGCAGAGUGGUGGGCUUGUCCACAUGGAGAAAACUGCAGAUAAGUGGGGAAGGAAUAAUAAAGGUGAGGAGUGGCAUGAGAAAUGGUGGGAGCACUAUGGUGCUGGUGGCCAAGCGGAGAAAUGGGCCCAUAAGUGGUGCAGCAUUGAUCCAAAUGCACCCCUUGAUGCUGGUCAUGCUCAUGUUUGGCACGAAAGGUGGGGUGAGAAGUAUGAUGGAAAAGGCGGCAGCAUAAAAUAUACUGAUAAAUGGGCCGAGCGCUUUGAAGGAGAUGGUUGGUCAAAAUGGGGUGAUAAAUGGGACGAGAACUUUGAUCUAAAUGGACAUGGCGUGAAGCAAGGGGAGACAUGGUGGGCAGGAAAACAUGGAGAACGUUGGAAUCGUACUUGGGGAGAGGGCCACAAUGGUUCAGGAUGGGUGCACAAGUAUGGAAAGAGCAGCGAUGGGGAGCACUGGGACACUCAUGUAAACGAAGAAACAUGGUAUGAGAGAUUCCCUCAUUUUGGUUUCUUCCAUUGUUUUCAGAAUUCAGUCCAACUCCGUGAAGUCAAGAGACCUUCUGAUUGGCCAUGAGGAGUAUUCACUCAUUCAUUCUCGAAAUAGAACAUAUUAUCAGUUCGUUCAGUUUAUCAAGCUAUUAUAAAAAGUGCUGUGACAAAUAUAAGUUCAGCUGCGUAUGAUUAGUAAUACUCAGGAGCUAAUAUUGCCUAUGGAAUCUCCUCCUGUGUCACUUGAAGCUAAUGAUAGUUACGAAAUGUAGUUGCGGUUGUUAAAUGUUAGUUGUGAAAUAGUAGCUGUUUGCAUAAGUGAUGUUAGUUGUUCCAAAUUCUUAUUCUUUUUUUUUUUUCAAUUUUUUUUAUUGGAUAUAAAUUUAUUUAAAAAA